UUGUUCUCGGCCCCGAUCGAGUUUCUUCGAGUCUUUUACGCGUCAUUAUCUUUCUCUCUCUUCUACUCUCCAACUACAUGGACAUCUUAGGCAUUAACGAAAAUCCCAACAGGAAAAAUCUUUCCUUGGAAAUCAUGAAAAGAAAAAUUAAUAAAUUCUCACCAUUUUUACCCGUACGACCCGAAUUCUAUUUUUACGUGUAGUUUUUGAGUUUCUUGGGUUGGCUUGGAGCUUUGCAUGAUUUGGUUUCUCAAUUCUUUUUACGUUCGUCGAUUGAAUCUCGGAUAAUCUGCCGCAUUCAAAGCAGCAAGAUUGAAUUAAUAAUGAAAGAUUUGAUACAUAUCGGAAACAUUUAUGUACGUAUCAUGGUCAGGUUCCAAUCCCAAUUCUGAGCUUUCUAGAUUGAGAGACUGACAAACUUAAGGGUUAUUGACGAAGUCGUAGAUUUUUCAUGGUGUAUUGAAUAAAAGUACUGGAAGAUAAAGGCUUUUUGAGAAGUUGGAGGAAUAUAUUUUUGUUACGUUUGGUUUUGUUAAGAGAUGUGAAGGUUUUUUUAUUCAUGUUCAAUGAAAUGAGAAGGGAAAUAUGCGGUUCGCGUGAUUUGGAGAGCAAUGGAAUUGAGAAAGGCUGGUUAUGCAGCUGUUAUUGUGAUUUUGCUUUCCGCAUUGUCAAUAAGGGGUUCAGAGGUGAAGAGGAAGUUGGCAAAAACAGUCAUUAGCAAUGGUGCUUCGCCAGAGACAGAUGGUCAUGACAUGGUGGUACAGAUAUGGAUUCAUUGCAGGAAAGAAUUGAUGGGCAGGAAAGAUUCUCUAGUUUUUGACUUUUCUAUCCUAAAGGAAGCAAUCACCAAUAGAAUAUCAGCAUUUUUCCCAAUAGUAAACAUAGAAAGAUAUUCAAGAGUUCUACCUCCCCAUAUUAGACAAACAGUUCUGGAUUGCUUAAGAAGAAAAAAUCUUCGGCUUCAUGUUCCUGGCAGAGUGGCUAGCUCAAAGAAAUGGAUCAUUAAUUGUGUUGAGGGGCCUUUCAGUUGGCCAAAUGCCCCAAGAAGAUAUCUUGUUAGUCAGUCACAUCGACAGAUAGCAGCAAACCCUCCUCCAGCUCUAGCUCCUAUCCCAGCAUCAGCCUCACCUAGUAAUGAUCCAGCACCAUCUGAUCUAGUUCCUGCCACAAUAUCUCUGAGUCCAAGACCCUCUUUGGGGGCACCAGAAGAUCCAUCUGUUUCACUAGAUAUGAUUGACUCACUUAUUACAGCUACACCUCAAAUAAUUUUUCCACCUGUUCACCAUGUUGUUCGAGGAAAAUCACCAAAAAAGCAUGAUGGCAGUAAGACAGAAAAAAUUGUUGUUGUUGCUGCAACUGCAGCAGGAGUCCUUGCCUUCGUUGCACUGCUCCUCUUUUGCUGUCUUAAGGCUAGUAGCAAAAAAUUUGGUGGAAGAAAUGGACAAAGAGAUGAAAGACCUCUUCUUACGUUAAACCUGAGUCAUUUUUCCACUGGUUCAUCGCAAACGUCUGUUAGUUUAGGAGACUCAAGUCGUAAAGAUUUCAGUUUUGAUAGCAGAGAGAAUCCAUCUUUACUUAUCAAUAUGUCCAUGAAGCAUGGAAACAAUGAUUCCUCGCUGGCUGUGGCACCAGCAUCAGAAGGUGCAGAGCCAGUACCACUACCUCCUUUAAAACUCCCUCCAGGAAGAUCAGCCCCUUUACCUCCUGAUCCACCAAGUCCACCACCACCUCCUGUUACUCUGCCCCCACCACCUCCUAAAAUUGCUCGACCUCCACCUGCUCCACCAAAACUAAUGCCUAGGAAAAAUCGAUCAUCAUGUCUUGGACCACAUCGUGAAGAAAACCAUGGUUCUAUCGAGGAAGAUGAUCUUGAUGGGGAGUCUGGAGCUCCGAAGACCAAGUUAAAACCUUUCUUCUGGGACAAGGUUCUUGCCAACCCUGAUCAAUCAAUGGUCUGGCAUGAGAUCAGCUCUGGAUCAUUCCAGUUCAAUGAGGAGAUGAUAGAGUCGCUAUUUGGCUAUAACAAUAUGGACAAAAACAAAAUUGAGCGAAAGAAAGAUGCAGCAUCACUUGACCCUUCAAUCCAGUAUUUUCAGAUCCUUGACCCUAGGAAAGCACAAAAUUUAGCGAUUCUUCUAAGAGCACUGAAUGUGACAACAGAAGAAGUCCUCGAUGCUCUUCAAGAAGGUAAUGAGCUUCCUGUGGAGCUCCUUCAGACAUUGCUUAAGAUGGCACCAACAACAGAAGAAGAACUAAAGCUCAGGCUGUUCAGUGGUGAUCUUUCUCAACUGGGCCCUGCAGAGCAGUUCCUGAAAGUUUUGGUUGACUUUCCCUUGGCAUUUAAACGACUAGAGUCACUUCUGUUUAUGAGUUCGGCUCAGGAGGAGAUCUCCAGCGUUAAAGAGUCCUUGGAAACUCUAGAGGUAGCUAGCAACAAACUAAGAAGCAGCAGGCUAUUCCUAAAACUCUUGGAAGCAGUUCUUAAAACUGGAAACCGCAUGAAUGAUGGUACUUUCAGAGGUGGCGCACACGCAUUUAAGCUUGAUACACUCUUGAAACUGUCAGAUGUAAAAGGAACUGAUGGCAAGACCACACUACUGCACUUUGUCGUUCAGGAGAUCAUCCGUUCUGAAGGCAUACGAGCUAUCCGUACAGCCAGAGCAAACAAGAGUGUCUCCAGCAUGAAAACUGACGAUCUUGCUGAGGAUCACACUGAAGAAUCAGCAGACCAUUAUUGUAAGCUUGGUCUUCAGGUGGUUUCAGGCUUAAGCAGUGAACUCGAAGAUAUAAAAAAAGCAGCAUUCAUAGACUCUGAAGGCCUAACAACUACAGUGUCAAAACUCCACCACUCAAUGAUAAAAACUAAAGAUUUCCUGAAUGCUGAGAUGAAGAGUCUGGAUGAAGACAGCAAAUUCGGUUGUGCACUGGGCAAUUUCGUGGAGUAUGUGGAAGCUGACAUUUCAAGGCUAUUGGAGGAAGAAAAGAGAAUCUUGGCUCUGGUGAAACAAACCGCAGAUUACUUCCAUGGGAAAGCAGGAAUGGAUGAAGGCUUGCGCUUAUUUGCAAUUGUACGUGAUUUCUUGAGAAUGUUAGACAAGGCAUGUAAAGAGGUUAGGGAUACAGGGAUGAAGAUGGUGAGGACUUCCAAGAAAGAGGCUCCAUCAGUGUCAUCCUCUUCAGAAACUCAUCAGCAGUCUUUAGAUGUACAUCAGCGGCUAUUUCCAGCAAUAGUGGAGCGGCGGAUGGACAGCUCUAGUUCAGAUGAUGAGAGUCCCUCUCCUUACCUUUCUCAUCUUUAAUAGAUAAAAUAGAAUGUUUGAAUUGGGAGCAUAUAGUUUUCCUCUCCCCACAUUAAAAAGCAUUCUGCUAUCAUAUUGCAUAUGCUUUGGAUGCAUCUGCAACUGCAAGUAGCUUUCAUCUGCACUGCUAUUAGGCUAGGCUAUGUCAACUUGCAAGUUUGUCCAAUGAGAUGCAAAUCCCCAAAACCAGCCAAGGGUUUUUGAUUUGAACCUCCUCAUCACCUGUACGUAGUUGUCAUAAAUUAUGCUCCUCUUUGUUCAUUUCAAAAUUUAUGCAUGAAAUUUGCAUUGCAUAA